UAUGGUUUGUUAGCAAAAUGUAAUUUUCUUUAUUGUUUCAUUUCAGUAUUGCCCAGUUUUCCUUGGCAUAUAAGGAAUUUAUAAAUUCAUAUAAGGCUUGUAUAUAAUAAUGUAAAUAUUUAAUUUAAUAAGCAUUUUAUAGAUAUUUUGAAAGAAAAAACUGGUACAGACAUAAUAUUCUGUGAAAGCAAAGGAAAUUAUUUGUUUAUUAAUGCUGUGCUUCAUUGACCAUGAAGUUUAUGCCGGGAACUGCCUAUUAUCAGUUUUCAAUGAUGUUAUCUUGAGAUCCUCUAACAGCCAGCUUGUCAAAGGAUGAUGACACAGUUUCAGUAGGAGAGGAUCCAAUUAACAACCUCAGCACAGCUUCUGCCAGUGAGAGAUUAGGCAUGCAGCAUGAAGAUCACUUCAGUGAAAAUCAACCUCCACGAGUUCUUGGGGGUGGUCUACCCUAUUGUGCUGAAUGGGCAGAAAUUUGCAAGUGUGCAGGAACGGAAGCAAUACAGAACCUUGGUCGAGCUGGGGAAAUGCGAGCCAGCAGAUUUCGUUCUGUGUGUUGGAUGAUAUAUUUACAAAUUUUGCCUGAUGAUCAUACACAGUGGUUAAAGGUGAUCAGGCAGGAACGUGAGAAAUAUGACACUGUUAGAUUGCAACUGAUGGUGACUCCAGGCCUUGGUGAUGAAUCUCUUGAUCCAUUACUCAACAAUCCACUCUCACAACAUGAACAGAGCCCCUGGAAUCAGUAUUUUGAGGAUUCAGAGUUGAAGAAACUCAUCAAGCAAGAUGUGAUAAGGACAUUUCCGGAAGUGGAAUUUUUCCAGUCUCCUCGUAUUAGAGACCUUAUGGUUACUGUGCUUUUUUGCUAUGCAAGGCAGCAUCCAGAUAUAGAUUACAGACAGGGAAUGCAUGAAGUCCUUGCGCCUUUAAUAUUUGUGCUCCACUGUGACCACCAAGCUUACCAGCAUGCUCAAGAAAUAGACUCAACACCAAAUGUUCUACAAGAAUUAAUGGAUGAGGCUUAUCUUGAGCAUGAUGCCUAUUCCUUAUUUGAGGGUGUCAUGAAUGGGUUGGAGCCAUGGUAUGUUGUAACAGAGCAGUCAAAUCACCCAGAUCCUCGCUCCACUUUAAUAAAUACUCAGCCUUUUGCUCGACCACAGGAUGUUGGCCCAACAAACUUGUUAGUUCAAAAACUGACAAGCAUCCAUGAUAACCUCUUACAGCGUCAUGACCCAGCACUUUACACUCACUUAGCACGCCUUGAAAUACCUCCACAAAUUUAUGGAAUUCGUUGGAUUCGCCUGUUGUUUGGACGUGAAUUUCCUCUACAAGACCUUUUAAUGGUGUGGGAUGCAAUUUUUUCUGAUAUCCAGCAUACCUUUCAUUUGGUGGAUUUCUUAACUGUUGCAAUGCUGUCAUUUAUAAGAGAACCAUUGUUGGCUGGGGACUACACGACCUGCCUGAAGUUUCUCAUGCGCUACCCAGCUGCUGAUGUUCAGUUCAUCAUACAAUUGGCUCUUCACUUGCGCAGUCCUAAACAAUAUCCUAGACCACCUGGGUAUUCAAGUAAAGUCCCACAUCAUGUUCCCACUGUUGGAGGUCGACCUGAUGUUCAUCGAGGCCCACAGGCAGUGGCAUCUUCUGCUACUUUUACAAGAUCAUCCAGUGUACCUAGAACUCAACAAAAUAUUAACAGACAAAAUUCAUCAGAGCAAGUGUCACAAAAUACUGGUUCAUUACGGAGGUUGUCUUCUCCUAAUGCUUUCACUGACCCUUUAAAUGCAGCUGUGAUCUUCAGCAAUAGUCUAAGCAACAGUAACAGUAACCGAAAUAUAAAAGGUGAAGGAACGACUGCUUGUGAUAGUAGCAGCACAAGUAAUAGUAUUAGUUACAGCCAAGGGACUACUAGAGCCAGCAAGGUUGUUUCUGGAUUAGUACGACUUGGAGGUAAACUGGGAAGACCUAGAGAUCUGCCAGUCUCACGUCAUCUGUCCAUACAGUCUCCCUCAACCCCUUCUAAUGACACAGUGACUUUUGUAGCAUCGCAAGGACGAGAUGAGGGAUCUCUUGUACCUACACAAGCAAUGAAAGAAUUGGCAGUUGUAAGAACUAGGUCAGCUCCAGUCAGCACAAGAAGCCAAGAAAUAGAACAAGAAGCAGUUUUGAGCCAGUCAGUUGGUGCUCAGUCAUCUGAUGAGAGUGAAGAGGAAGAAAUUUCAGAAAGGAAAAUUUCAGAACAUGAGUCAGAGGGUAUGAGUGUUGAAGAUUUGUCUGCAGUAUGUUUGGGAUGUGCAAUGAACCUUUCACAUCACACUGCUGCACUUCAGACUCGGCUUGCACAGCUCAAAGUGCAGCCAGAUGUCACACUUAGGACGGCACUUAAUGGUAUUAAUGAGGUAAUAGAAACAUUGUCAAGUGUGCGAGGUCAUCUCAGUGGGUCCAGCAGUACCAGUGUCUCCAAUGGACAGGUUGAAGUGCUUCCUCCUUUAGCAUCAAGUCUCUCAUCAGCACCCACACCCCAUCACCCACUUUCUUUAAGAGACAGCAUUAACCAGCAGGCUUCGUGAACAUUCAUUAGACAGGGCUUAAUUUUGAAUCAUUGGUAAUUGUUCUCUUUCAUUUUUCAUUCUGUGAUCAUUUAUUAUUAAUUAGAGAUUUUUUAAUAUUAUUCUGUAUAUUUGCAGCUUUUUAUACCAGAAUUCAGUUUGUGUAUAAUAAGUAUAGACAAUUUUUUUAUUUACUCUUGUUAAUUAUAAUCUGAAGUAAAAUAUUUUUUUAUUUACCCAGAUUUUAUAUCUGUAUUUAUUUGUUAUUUUGUUGUAGCAACAGUGAGGAUUGCUCUCAUAUGAUUGUGUCACUGCAGUGUAAUUCAGUACAUGCUUUUAUGUGAAAAAAUGUUAUUUUCUGCAAAUUUUUAUAUUGUUGGAUGCAUUUAAUUUUUCAAAGCUCUGGUAAAGUGCAAAAACUUUGGCACCCUUGUAUCUAAUUAUUAAAUUUUCCAAAGAGUUAAUAACAGAUUUGAAAAUUUUUCGCUAUGUGAUAAAGUUUGAUUAAAGAAAUUACUUCGUGCUGAAUUAUUGUAAGAAUAAUUCGAUGUCAAGGAUUUUUUCUAUCAGAUUUUAGCAUUUUUAGAAAAUUUUUUAAAUAAAUUUUUAAUAACUCCUUGAAACAUUGAAUUAAUACAGAGUUGCCAAAGUUUCUGCAUUUUAAUAUAACUUUGAAAAAAAAGGUGCUUUUAAUAUAAUAGUAAAGCUAUAUUGAAAAGUAUUUUAUUAUGAGAAAAUAUUCAAAUUAUAUACAAUAGGCAUAGAUAGGGUACAUUUGACCCCAUUUUUAUGCAGUAAUAAAUGUUUUCUGCAUUGUCUGUGAGAUUAAACAAACAUUUCAGAAACUUCAGUUGACAAGUGUCCAUAUGUGAUAUACAUUUCUUAUAAAGAGUAAUCAAGUAAUAAUAUUACAAAUCAUGACAUUCAUAGAAUAAAUCAGCAUUACAUCUUGUCAAUAAAUAGAUAAAUGUAGUAAGAUGUUAUUUUUGGGGAUUAAAGUGUAAUAAUGUCUAAAUAUGCCAUGAUUGAUAUUUGCACAAUUAUGUGUAGCAUCUUGAGUCAAUCUCAGGUUACAUAAUAUAAAUGCUUUGUACUGCCACACACUGGCUUAUAAUUAUGCUAAAUGAAUUAUUGUAAAUUCUUUAUGCAAGUGAUUAAAUAUAAAUAGAUGAUGUCAGAAGAGUAAAGA